UCUCACGAUCCCUCAGCUAAACAUAGAGCGGCAGUCUUUUAACCGAUUAAUAACAUGUAACGAUGAUAUAUCUAUCAUCUUUUUUUUUUACUUCUUUUAACCGUUUUUUCGUUGGAAGAUUUAAUAAUUUUGUAAUUUAUGUUUUGAUGUCACAGAAAUAUUAUUGGAGAUGUCUUCGUCCAGUGAGGAAUGGAAUGGUAAUUACCUCAUGAUAGAUGUUGCUUCCUCGAGUGAGUGCGAUGGAGAUUCGUGGUUUGAGAUGAUGUCAGUUAAAAUCUCUAAGUGUUCUUGUUGCGAAGAAGAAGAAGAAUGUGCAACCUGUGAUUUGGAGUCUUGCGAGUACGCAAUUUGCAAGACAUGCUUGGAACAACAAAAAAAUUACGGGGCAUUAGAAUCUCACUUAUCCGGGCCACAGCACAAGGAAGCUUAUUCGAUAUGGUUGGAGACACUAGCACAUAUCUCUACAUGUAUGCCCCCAGCUAAUCAGCCUUGCACCAUUCGUUCGUGCAUGCGUGGUAGAGAGCUCAUAACACAUCUCAAGGAUUGCCCAAAGAAACUUUCAGGUAAGUGUAUGAGGUGUGAAAUUAUUUGGGUGGGAGUGUGUGCCCAUGCAAGCCAUUGCACUAAUCGCAACUGCCUUAUUCCACAGUGCAGGCAUGUCGCAGAGUACAAGAGGUCAAAAGGGUGAUGGAGAACUGAGAGCAGUCUUUGCGAUUAGCGUUGGAC